AUGUCAAAGGAAGAAGCGAAAGUCAAAGACGUUCCAAAGGAAAGAGAGACGAAAAAGUCGAACAAAGAAGUCAAAGCCAACGAGGCUGCUCGCCAAACAAAAAAAGUAUCUAAAAAAGGAAACCAAUUCUCUUUUAUUAUGCCAACAAAAUUCCAAAUUACAAUUGGCUUUGGUUUGAUCAUCACUGCUUUAGUUUUAGUGUUGGUCGCUCCAUUAUUCAGUCACACAAAUAAUGCUUCUAACAACCUCAAACAUUCAAUUCAGUUAUUUGAGAAAGAAGCUAAGUCUCUUGAAGAAAGAUAUCGACUUCAUCAGAUCAAGGUCAACCUUGGCUUAAAGGACAAAGCACAAGCCAAUGAAGAAGACUUCGACUCUGUCAUGAAGAAGAAUGGAAUCGAGAACAUGUUCUUCUUGUCUGAAAUGGGUAAGAAUGUUGAAGAGAGUGAUGUCAUGGCACAUUACGACAACUAUGGAUUUAUCCCUGACUUGGAAAAGAUCGUAGAGGAUUCUGAGCCAGAAGACGACUUGGAGGAUGAAGAGGAAGAAGUUGAAUCUGGUGUUGAAAAGAAAGAAGGCGAAGAGAAAAAGAAGGAGACUGUCAGUGGUAAAAACAAGCCACAGUCCGUAUACAACACUUUCUUGGCUCACAACUUGUUGAAGAAAAUUGGCAAAUUUGAAAGUUAUAAGAAGACCAAUAACUAUAAGAACACAGUCCGGUUUGUGUUGAGAAUGUUGAGAAAUGACACCUCAGUUAUUAUGGACGGAAAGGACGGACACUCUGAUCUUGAAGUGAUGUAUGCUGGAACCAGUUUGUUGGUUGAAGCACAAGACGUGGAAGAAUAUACAAAUGAAGUGAAAGUCGCGAUCAAAAAUAUCACGCACUUUUACAACAAAGUCAUUUUGCCCGAUGGAAGUUUCGACUUGUUCUUGAGACAAAACGAAUCAAACUGCGUUGGCACCGAAUACGCGAUGUUGGCGAUGCAGAAACUUGAUAUGAAAGUACCGAAAAACACAAUGAGAUACAUCCUUAAAUGCAACUCAGAGGACGGACCAUUGUCUGAACCGUAUGGUGAGUACUUGGACUUGUUGUCUGGUGAAUUGAUUUCAAAGUUACUCAAGACUAUUCCAGAGUCCCUUCAAACUGAAAACGUCGAGAUUGUCGAUUACUGUACUGGUGGUGCUUUGGCAUUAUUGGGUCUUGGAUUGUCAGCUAUGUUGGUCAACACAUUCCCAGUCUCAUACAUUAAAGAGUAUUUAAUUUCUGAUAUUGUCUUCAUUGUGUGUGGGACAGUUGCAGUAAUUUUGUCGCAAUACUCAUAUGCACCAAUGUUAUUCUUCCCAGUUGUUGUUAUGGGAUAUACACAUUACUCGAAGUACAUCAUGCCAUUCAUUAAGGACGAGUUUUUCUCAACACUUUCAAUGGUUGCGCCACUCUUCUCCCUUGUUAUUUACAUUUUAGUCUCUAAGUUCAUGCCAACCGUCUACAGUUCACUUUCAUUUGUUCCAGUGAUGUUUUUGGCAUACAUUCUUGGGUCGUAUGUUGCUAUUCCAGUUUCAAGAGCAUUCUUUACUAAAGAGAAACACGGAAUGAAUUACUACGCCGCAGCAAACGCUAUUGGAUUUUCGUUGCUUAUUAUCACAUUUUUCUUCUCCCUCUCCUUGAGCAAGAUAUCAGGGUUUUUGUUGUCGAACAUUCGACUCAACGGAUACGCAUUCACAUUCUUUGUUGGGUUCCCAUCAUUCUCGUAUGUACUUUCAAUGGUUGCGUGCGGGUACACCAUCCCCAAAAUGUCGAUGGCUGAUUUAGCGAAGGAAAAGAAAAGAGAUUAA